CAAGAGCAAAACUCUGUCUCAAAAAUAAAGAAAUAAAUAAAAAUAAGAAUAACUAACUAAAUAAAUUAAUUAAUAAAGCAGGGGUAGCCAUAAGGUCAUAUAAAGUAGACAUGAGAGCAAAGAAAAUCAUCAUAUAAAGUAGACAUGAGAGCAAAGAAAAUCAUCAGAGACUGCAUAGGACAUAUCAGAGACACAGCAGGAUAUUGUAUAAUGAUAAAAGAAGAACACACAGCAAUCCCAAAUGUAUAUAUACAAAACUGCAAAAUGUAUGAAGCAAAAACUGACAGAAGGAGAAAUAGAGAAAUCCACAAUUACAAUUGGAGACUUCAAUGACCUUCAACAAUUGAUAGACCAACAAGGCAGAAAAUCAGCAGCGAUACAGAAGAACUCAAUAAUACCAUCAACUAACAGCAUCUGAUUAAUAUUUAUAAAACACUCCAAUACCAGAAUACACCAGAACACUCCAAUACCAGAAUACACCAGAACACUCCAAGACCAGAAUAUACCAGAAUAAAAAAUACCAAAAUACACCAGAAUAAACAAUACCAGAAUACACAUUAUUUUCAAAUGCUCACAGAACCUAUGUAAGAUAACCACAACCUCAGCCGUAAAACCAACCUCAACCAAAUUAAUAGUGAAAUCAUACAGAGUGGGUUCUCUAAGCACAAUGAAAUUAAACUAAAAAUGAAUAAUGGAAAGAUAAGAGGAAAACCUUCAAAUACUUGGAUAUGUAGCAACAUACUUCUAAAUAAUCUAUGAAUCAAAAAGAAGAUCUCAAGGGAAAUUUAAAAAUACAUUGACCUGAAUUGAAAAUGAAAAUACAACACAUCAAAUUUUGUGAGACAUAGCUAACACACUGCAGAGAGGAAAAUUUUAUAGCACUAAAUAUGUACAUUAGAAAAGAGGAAAAUUCUCAAAUCGGUCACCCACCAGUUUAUCAGUUUCAAGCUUCUACCUCAAGAAUCUAGAAAAAUAUGAGGAAAAUAAACCCGAAGCAUUCAGAAAGAAGGAAAUAACAAAGAUAAUAGAAGAAAUCAAGAAAAUUCAAAGCAAAUAGAGAAAGCAAUAAAGAAACAAAGAACUAGUUCUUCAAAAAACAUUUUUUUAAAAAAGACAAACCCCUAGCAAUACUGACAAAGUGUCUUACCCAAUCAUUUCAGAUUUCAAGUGUGAUUUAGUAUCAAAUCCUUUAUAUUUUCAACUUCCUUGCAGCAUAUCUCUUGUAAAUUGAGUUUCUUUAAGUGAUUAUUUAUAGAUCAUCUCUAACUUUUCCCUGUAUUACUGUGUUUUCUUUCCAUAUAACUAAAGAAGAGUUUUAAGAGAUUCAAUUUGUCCUUGAAGGUCUUUUUCUUUCUCUUUUGAUAAACUUGAAUAAUUUUUAAAAAUUAUAAUGGGAUUAACUGAAACAUAAAAUGGAAAUCAGCUUGAUCAGCUAUGCAGUACAGGUACAGGUUGGGCAUCCCUAAUCCAAAAAUCCAAAAAUAGGAACUGCUCCAAAACCGGAAACUUUUUGAGCCAAUCUGAUGCCACAAGUAGAAAAUUCCACACAUAAGUACAUAAUGCAAACUUUGUUUCAUGCACAAAAUUGUUUAAAAAUAUUAUACAAAAUUACCUUCAGGCUAUUUGUAUAAGAUGUAUAUGAAACUCAAAUGAAUUUCAUGUUUAGACUUGGUUCUUAUUCCCAAGAUAUCCCAGUAUGUACACGCGAAUAUUCUAAUAUCUAAAAAUCUGAAACUGAAACACUUCUGGUCUCAAGCAUUUCGGACAAGGGCUGCUCAACCUGUCAUUACAGACUAACUAAAUAAAAUUAAUUUUAACAUACUUUACAAUGUUCAAUCAGUUAAAACACUAUUUCAGCUUGCUGGUAACAGUCCAGCUAAAUUAAUCUAUCACUUCACUUUAGCAUACACGAGCAUAAAGAAUAUGGGGCAUGGUGCUUUUUCACAUUGUCUACUUUUGCAUCAUGUGUCCAGAUGAGACCAAGGUUUUGCUCCCCAGUUAAUAAAACUGAGCUUCAAAAUAUGAUUAAGAUGAUUCCCAGUGAAUGAUGAAAAUGUUCCGUAUCUUGAAAAAAGUGUGAGUUACACACAUGAAUCCAUUUUUUAAAAUGGCACAGUUAAGAUUGGUACAUUUCAAUUUCUGUAAACAUUGCCUUAAGAACUAUACAAAAGUAAUCAUUGAACAGGAAGCAGAGAAUGGAGAGAAAGGUAUAGACAAAACGAGACGACAGAAUGUUGUAAAACUGAUGGUGUACGGAGGCUUAUACUGUUUACUUUGUAUAUGUUGGAAUUUUUCCAUAAUAAAAAUUGUAAGUUAAUGAGUCCUUAUGAGAACAUGUUUAUGAAGGCAAAGUUAAUUCAGUCUACUCUAGCCAAUCAAAUCAAAGCAAAAGAGGGCAGAACAGAGAAACAUUCUCCUGAAACAAUUUAAUGUAAUCAAUUUUCUAUAAAAAGGCAGUAUCUUGAUAGACCCGACUGAUAUCUUUUUGGGUAUUUUGAGAUAUUAUCCUCUUUCCAUAUAACUACCAAUGUUAUCAAAGACUUUUCAAGGAUCUAAAUGGAGUUUGACAAAUACUGUACUGCUGAUAAAUUUGCUUUGAAGUAAAAAAUAAUUCAACGACCUAUAUUCAAGGAUGCCUGGCGGUGCUUCAGAGAAAGAGAGUGAAUAAAAGACUUCGUGGAUGCCGUUUAGCUGGAAUCAGAACUCAGAAUGCUCACUGAAAGAAGAAAGCAUUUAAGAUUGAGCAGGAAAUAAUGGCCUUGUUUCAGCAAAGAAGUGACACCCUUCCAAGAUGUUUAUUAUUGUUGGUUUUACUUCAUAAGUUCAUUUUGUUACUCACAUCCUCAAGGAACAGUGUAUUCUCAGUAGCAUCUAUCAAGUGAACCCUGGAGGCUGGUCACAUUCAUAAUCUUUUGUUUUUCUGGCUACAUAGAGGUGAUUAUGAACUAUAAGAUCAUCUUAGCUAUUUAGAGUUUAGAUUUUAUUUAGCCUUAUUUAUUUUACCUAGAGUUUAUGUAUUUGAAAAUAUCCUGAUUUUUAAUCUUCUAUCACCUUGGCUCUUACCUGACGUGAACUUUGUUUGAGCUCAAUGGAUUUCACCUCUCAAUAAAUAUGAAAUCAAUCUGAAAUGAAUUGAAUUGUUUGGCAUAUUUUGCCUCUUCUAUGUGCACUAAUCUGUUUCACACAUUUUCAGUUUGUUUAGAGAUACAUAUUCCAAUGUAUCUGAGCAGAAACUAGUGAGAUGGGAAUGCAUAUAGCCAUAGUAUUCCAUCAUCGAAUUCCAUGGCAUUCACUCAAAUGUAAUGCACCUUUUUUACAGUACCUUAAUGUGGCCUGUAUUUAUAGGACUUGGUGUUCUUUUUGCUGUGAGAAGAUGGUGAAGGUAAUUCUUGAAUGUUUGUUUUCUGCACUGCGUCAUGUUUGUACAACAGGGUAAUAUAUUUGGAACUUGAUUAAAUAACGUAAGAGGGGAAUUUGACCAAAAAAGUUAAAAUAAAAUGCACAAGCCUCUUAAAAGAAUGUCUAAUUCUAUCCAUGCAAAAAUGGGGUAGAAUCCUAAAAUGCUUAUGACAGAUACUUGAUUGCUUCUAGUCCCUCUUUUAAAUACUUUAAUUUACUUAUAUACGUGUAUCAUAAAUACUUUUUUUGCCUCAGUUUCCCUCCUAAUAGCCUAAUUGUUCUUUUUACUGUGCAGGCGUAACUAUAUAACAAAGUAAGUUUUUUGUUCAUGCCAUUUAUGAGUGUAUAAUUUAGAUAAUUUAUUGUUUAUUUUACCAUUAUUGUUGCUAACAAACUUCAUUGUUUUGCAUUGUUUGUUGGGACAAUUAAAUAGUGUACCUCUUGGACUCAUGGAUUAAAUGGCUCAUCAGAGAUAAAUUGCACUGCUGAAGAAUCAAAGGAGAAAGAUUGAAGUGUAGAAUCUGCACUUCAAUCUUUCUCCUUAAUUAGCACCAUCAGGAAAUUUGAUUCAAGUUCUAGAGGGGAGUGAACCCAGGAAUUGGCUUAAAAGCAAAAACGUACACACAAAGAAACCAAAGCUCGCAAGCAAUUAUUUAUGCAUGUGGUCCACGCACUCACUCUGAGAAACACUGACUCAACUUAAAAGUCUUUAUAAUGCUCAGAUUUCGGAAAUGCUAUUGACCUGAAACAUCUCAUGAAGUUAUUAGUUUGAACGCGAGGUGGCGGUACAAGCUAAGAGAGUGAAUGAAAGCUCUGCAGACUCGGUGGACUCUGUUUCACCCAGAAGCCAAGUAAAAAUACAGACCACAUUUACAGCUAAAGCUGAGAUAGAUGUGUCCUGGAAGGCAGUCGUCGCCAGACAAGUUGUAAGAACGAAUUUAAAAAUCUCUGCAAAGACAUCUGAGAGGGUCGACAGUGGAUGUGGUGAUUGGGAGCUGAAAAGGAUUUUUCUUCUGUAAUCAGACAACAAUAGACACGAUGCAAACUAAAGUACAGAACAAGAAAAGGCAAGUGGCGUUCUUCAUUUUAUUGAUGCUUUGGGGAGAGGUAGGUUCUGAAUCGAUUCAGUAUUCCGUAUUGGAGGAGACAGAAAGUGGCACGUUUGUGGCCAACUUGACAAAGGACCUGGGACUGAGGGUGGGGGAGCUGGCUGCACGGGGCGCUCGGGUUGUUUUCAAAGGGAACAGACAACAUUUGCAGCUUGAUCCACAGACCCAUGAUUUACUGCUAAAUGAAAAACUGGACCGGGAGGAACUGUGUGGCUCCACUGAGCCGUGUGUGCUACCUUUCCAAGUGUUACUGGAAAACCCCUUGCAGUUUUUUCAGGCUUCCUUGCGAGUCAGAGAUAUAAAUGAUCACUCCCCGGAAUUCCCUGCCAGAGAAAUGCUCCUGAAAAUAUCAGAAAUUACUAUGCCAGGAAAGAUAUUUCCUUUGAAAAUGGCACACGAUUUAGACACUGGCAGCAAUGGCCUUCAGAGCUACACAAUCAGCUCCAACCCUCACUUCCACGUUCUCACCCGCAAUCGCAGCGAAGGCAGAAAGUUCCCGGAGCUGGUGCUGGACAAACCGUUGGACCGCGAGGAGCAGUCCCGACUCACGCUAACGCUCACCGCGCUGGAUGGUGGGUCUCCGCCCCGGUCAGGGACCACCGAGAUUCACAUCCAGGUUUUGGACAUCAAUGACAACAUCCCCGAGUUUGCUCAGGAGCUCUAUGAGGCACAAAUCCCUGAGAACAAUCCCCUCGGCUCUCUGGUUAUUACCGUCUCAGCCAGAGAUUUAGAUGCAGGAUCGUUUGGGAAGGUAUCUUACGCCCUGUUUCAAGUCGAUGACAUCAACCAACCGUUCGAAAUAAACGCAAUCACAGGAGAAAUUCGUUUGAGAAAGGCUUUGGAUUUUGAGGAAGUUCAGUCUUAUGACGUGGAUGUUGAGGCUACAGAUGGUGGGGGCCUAUCAGGAAAAUGCUCUUUAGUCGUCAAGGUCCUGGACGUGAAUGACAACGCCCCUGAACUCACCAUGUCGUUCUUCAUCAGCCCCAUCCCAGAAAACUUGCCAGAGAUCAUAGUGGCAGUUUUCAGUGUUUCAGAUGCAGACUCUGGGCAUAACCAACAGGUUAUUUGUUCAAUAGAGAACAAUCUCCCUUUUCUACUAAGACCUUCCGUGGAGAAUUUCUACACCCUGGUAACAGAAGGGGCACUGGACAGAGAGAGCAGAGCCGAGUACAACAUCACCAUCACCGUCACUGAUUUGGGGACACCCAGGCUGAAAACCCAGAAGAGCAUAACCGUGCUGGUCUCCGACGUCAAUGACAACGCCCCCGCCUUCACCCAAACCUCCUACACCCUGUUCGUCCGCGAGAACAACAGCCCCGCCCUGCACAUUGGCAGUGUCAGCGCCACAGACAGAGACUCAGGCACCAACGCCAGGGUCACCUACUCGCUAUUGCCGCCCCAGGACCCGCACCUGCCCCUCCCCUCCCUGGUCUCCAUCAACGCAGACAAUGGCCACCUGUUCGCCCUCAGGUCGCUGGACUACGAGGCCUUGCAGGAGUUCGAGUUCCGCGUGGGCGCCACAGACCGCGGGUCCCCGGUGCUGAGCAGCGAGGCGCUGGUGCGCGUGCUGGUGCUGGACGCCAACGACAACUCGCCCUUCGUGCUGUACCCGCUGCAGAACGGCUCCGCGCCCUGCACCGAGCUGGUGCCCCGGGCGGCCGAGCCGGGCUACCUGGUGACCAAGGUGGUGGCGGUAGACGGCGACUCGGGCCAGAACGCCUGGCUGUCGUACCAGCUGCUCAAGGCCACGGAGCCCGGGCUGUUCGGCGUGUGGGCGCACAAUGGCGAGGUGCGCACUGCCAGGCUACUGAGCGAGCGUGACGCGGCCAAGCACAGGCUGGUGGUGCUGGUCAAGGACAACGGCGAGCCUCCGCGCUCGGCCACCGCCACGCUGCACUUGCUCUUAGUGGACGGUUUCUCCCAGCCCUACCUGCCUCUCCCGGAGGCGGCUGCGGCCCAGGCCCAGGACGACUCGCUCACCGUCUACCUGGUGGUGGCAUUGGCCUCGGUGUCUUCGCUCUUCCUCUUGUCGGUGCUCCUGUUCGUGGCGGUGCGGCUGUGCAGGAGGAGCAGGGCGGCCUCGGUGGGUCGCUGCUCGGUGCCCGAGGGCCCCUUUCCAGGGCAUCUGGUGGACGUGAGCGGCACCGGGACCCUGUCCCAGAGCUACCAGUACGAGGUGUGUCUGAUGGGAGGCUCAGGAACAAAUGAGUUCAAGUUCCUGAAGCCGAUUAUCCCCAACUUCCCUCCUCAGGGCACUGAGAGAGAAAUGGAAGAAACCCCCGCCUUUCCGAAUAGCUUCCCAUUCAGUUAAGUGUGGGAUUAUUUUACUAAAUCUUACUUAUGUUUGGAGAUCUCUUUUAACUUAAAGUUACAUGUUCUGUUUCUUUUUAAUUUACCUCUAUUCUUUAGGUUGAAAUUUUAUAUAAAGUAAGAUACUGGGUGUCUUCGUAUUUCCUGUUCAUGCUUAGGAGUUUAUUACUUCACUUGAGGGUACUUGACAAUAUGAACACAAAGUAAAUUUUUAUUUGCAUAAUUUUAAACUUUUGAAAUUAAAUUAUCUAUUCUUUCCCCACCCCAAAAAAAGUAUUGUAAAUCCUUAAGUAAGAUUGUAUUUCUAGCUAUUGGUAAGAGUUGUUUCACUAUUGCUAUGUAGGACUGUUUUUAAAAUGUGAGUAUUUCAUAUUAUUUAAUCCUCCAGUGUCUCAUUUUGCAGUAACUCCUACAGUGUGUAACACUAAAAAUAAGAACUAAUGAUGGCUAAACACUAAAGUAGCCAUUCAUACUUAUGCAUAUUUUAGUAUCCCAUAAUAGUCAAUCCAAAAUUUUUGUGACUAUAGACUUUACUGAAGUGUCAUCACAUUAGUUUGUGAGCCUCAUGUAAGAACAUGAUGGUCUUUAAAAAAAAAAAAAAGGUCGUACCAAUUAUAAAUGCUUAAUAAAGUACUGAUUUUUAAAAA